GCAGCGUGGCUUAUGUUUAACUGCUUUUCUUUCCAGAACUCCUAGGCAACGCACCUCCGAGGUGUGCAUCCGAGGUGCGGUGUUGGGAGGAGGCAGUAGGGAAAACCUUGGGUGAUCCUCGUGGGGUGCCAUCACAUGAUCCAGGAUGAGGUGGAGUUCGGCUUGAAGGGGGCGUCUCUUCCUAGCUUCCUCAAUCUUUACGAUUUGAGCAGGAGAAAUACCAACGGAGCUCUCCUCUCUCCAGUGACACUUCCCGCUUCUACACGGACGAACAGACGGAUUCUCCACAAGAGUACUCAGUUCAAGGGAGUGAAGAGUUGAGAAGCAUUUUGGUGAAUAGAUUCCAAUGUAUAGAAUAAGAAUAACCUGAAGAUUUGACCUACAAAGAUUUGACAUACAAUCCAUUUGUCUAAUCAACAGCAGCAAAACCUGAACAAUGAAUUCAACGCUGUUCUCCCAAGUAGAAAACGGCUCUUUUCACUACAACAGCUCAGAGAAUUCUCCACUCCUGGCUUUUGAAGACGAUGACUGCCACCUGCCCUUGGCUGUGAUAUUCACUUUAGCUCUGGCUUAUGGAGCUGUGAUUAUCCUUGGGGUCUCUGGGAACUUGGCAUUGAUCAUAAUCAUCCUGAAACAGACGGAGAUGAGAAAUGUCACCAACAUCCUGAUUGUGAACCUUUCCUUCUCAGACUUGCUGGUGGUCAUCAUGUGUCUCCCCUUCACUUUUGUAUACACGCUGAUGGACCACUGGGUCUUCGGGGAGGCCAUGUGCAAACUGAAUCCUUUUGUCCAGUGUGUCUCCAUCACGGUGUCCAUUUUCUCCUUGGUUCUCAUCGCUGUGGAGCGGCAUCAGUUGAUCAUCAACCCAAGAGGGUGGAGACCAAGCAACAGACAUGCUUACAUAGGCAUUGCUGUCAUUUGGGUCCUCGCCGUGGCUUCUUCUCUGCCCUUUCUGAUCUAUCAAGUUCUGACCGAUGAGCCCUUCCAAAAUGUAACACUCGCUGCCUUCAAGGACAAGUAUGUGUGCUUUGACAAGUUCCCAUCAGACUCUCACAGGCUGUCUUACACGACCCUCCUUCUGGUGCUGCAGUAUUUUGGCCCGCUCUGCUUCAUAUUUAUAUGCUACUUCAAGAUUUAUAUUCGCUUGAAAAGGAGGAACAACAUGAUGGACAAGAUGAGGGACAGCAAGUACAGGUCCAGCGAGACCAAACGCAUCAACGUCAUGCUGCUUUCCAUCGUGGUUGCCUUCGCGGUCUGCUGGCUGCCCCUGACCAUCUUCAACACUGUGUUCGACUGGAACCACCAGAUCAUUGCUACCUGCAACCACAAUCUUCUCUUCCUGCUCUGCCACCUCACAGCCAUGAUCUCCACCUGUGUCAACCCUAUCUUUUAUGGAUUCCUGAACAAAAAUUUCCAGAGGGACCUGCAGUUCUUCUUCAACUUCUGCGAUUUCCGGUCUCGAGAUGAUGACUACGAGACCAUAGCCAUGUCUACCAUGCAUACAGAUGUGUCUAAGACUUCUUUGAAGCAGGCAAGCCCAGUUGCAUUUAAAAAAAUCAAUAUGGAUGACAAUGAAAAAAUCUGAAGCUGCUCGGAACAUAUGGUCCCAGACUACAUCGGUGGAAAAGCAAGCACAACCUGCCGCAAGCUUUCAUUACCUGUGCUCCCAGGGAAUGGGGCAAAAUGGCUUUGGAAAGUCCAGGACAUUCUGUGUUGCAUUUGACUGCUUUUUAUUAUGGUUGCCAUGAUUACUUGGGAUCAACAUAAAUGGACUUUGUAAUCUUCUGGCAACAGUUUUGACUAGACUUCUUUGGUGUGUGCUGUGUGUUGUAUUUGCGUCUGUCUGUCUCUCUGUGAGCAUGUAUGUGAAAUUAUGCAUAUGAUAUAAAGAUUCCUAUAUUGUAUUUAUUGGAGUAAAUUUCUCAGAAAUAUUAUCAUGAGCUCACUUCAAAAGCUGUAGCCACCUGAUGUGCUCAAGAUUUAGGACUUUCAAGAUUAGAUGAUAUUUCCGGGAAACUGGGCUACCUUUGUUCCAUGCUGGCAUCAUUUCAGCCCGUUAGGAGGGUGACAGUAUACAAUAGUCACCUUUCAGAGUGUGCCAGAACCAAAAGAAAGUCUGAUGCCAUCGCUCUCUCUUUCUCGAGAGGACUGGAUUUGUCACUCCUAAUUGAGCAUCACGUAAGAUGUAAAGAACACGUGCUCAGCUGUGACUAUCACUGGGAAUUAGGCAACCCAUAUGAAUGAAGUGGCAAAGCAGUUGCCUGAUUUCUGACAACCAAAGCAUUUCAGGGUAAUUAGUUUAAUAAGCAAAUUAGUCUAGCAGCAGAUAGUUAAAUUGUAUCCACAGGACUUGAUAGUGGAGAGGUUUUGCCUUGUUUAAGAGCGUGCAGCACUGUCAAGAUCUCUGGCACAAACAUGUGACUCUAAGUGCGUUUCCAGCUCACACUGCAUAGAAACAUAAGAUGCAAUUUCCAUGCAACAGUGCCUACAUAGUAAUCAGUAUUUCACCUGCACCGUUUAUCCUUCAUGGCACAGGAUGCGUGGACAAUGUUAAAAGAAUGUUCACCUCAGCUAGCAGGUAUCCAUACCUAACUUUCACACAGCCCGCCUGUCCUAGCUUGUAUAAACUGUGUGACAUGUGAAGUUUUAUAAUCAUGUACUAUUAUACUGUAGAGUACUGAGGCAUACUAACACAUUUACUUUCACAUGCCUUGUAAUCAUGAUUUAGCCUCAGAAAAGAUAUUUUGAAGAACGGUUUCCAUGUAUUAUAGAAAAUGUUGAGUGUGUGUGAUGUUAGAAGGGCAAACACUUUCUGUAUU